AUGACAUUGCACAAGGAACCAUUAGACCAAGAAGAUCAGGAUGCUAUCAUUCAAGAUGCUAGAGCUGGUGAUGAAGAAUCUCUAAAGGAGAUUUUUACAACAUUGAUUGACCCAUCUAUGCUAGUAACCUGUAGAGAUUCGAUCUCCCAAUCUUCUGCAUUACAUAUGGCAGCAGCUAAUGGUCAUUUAGACACUGUAAAAUAUAUCCUUUCAUUAGUAUCGGAUUCUGAACAAAAAGAAUUUAUCAAUUUACAAAAUGAAACAGGAAAUACUGCAUUACAUUGGGCCUCUUUAAAUGGGAAACUAGAUGUCGUUACUUAUCUAUGUGAUGAAUUCGAUGCUGAUCCAUUCAUUAGAAACAAAUUUGGUCACGAUGCUAUCUUUGAAGCAGAAAACAAUGGUAAAGAAGAUAUUGAAACAUACUUCUUAAAGAAAUAUGACGUCGAACCAGAAAGUGACGACGAGAAUGAGGCUGAAGGAGACGGUAAUACUGAAAACGUUCCUGCUACAACUGAUAAUGUCGAAAUUACACCUGGUACUGAGAUUGAAAAUGUUACUGAAGAAGCUACAAAGGUCUUAAAUGAACAAACAGCUAAAUUAAAUAUUGCAGAAAAUUAA